CGUCCGCUCUCACUGCUUCGGAUCUUCACGGUUUUUGCUUCGAAGACAGGAUGAGACCUGAGAUUUCAAUUCUCUUUUACGUUCGUAAAUUGGACGUUUGCUUUUCUUGUUGCCAUGUGGGGAUUUGUUAUUAUUUUUUCAGACAACGUUACAGAGAAAGAACUCCGUGUUCCCGCUAAACAAAUGGAUGACAACACUGAUGAGCUCUUUGCUGACCUUAGGACCAGACACAUCGGAGGCUGGGGAGUUCUGCAGAUAGCUGCUGGCACUGGGCUUGCUGUCUAUGCCAUGUGGGCUGGAGUCCUGCAGCCUGGCUUCCGAAAAGUGCCGCUGAGGCUACAGGUUCCCUACAUUCCUGCCAGCAAAGCUCAAGUAAAAAAUGUGAUGACUCUGAUGAGAGGUCGAACGGGAGGACUGGUCGAUUUGGGAUCCGGUGAUGGUCGUAUUGUUUUGGAGGCCUGUCAUCAGAGCUUUAGUCCCGUUGUUGGCUACGAGCUCAACCCCUGGCUUGUGCAGCUAGCUCGCUUUCACGCCUGGAGAGCAGGUCGCCACGGAAACGUGUCGUACAGACAAGAAGAUCUCUGGAAGGUCGACUUGUCAAAAUGCAAGAAUGUCACGGUGUUCCUGGCUCCCAGUGUGCUUUCAUUAUUACAAAAAAAGUUGCAUGCUGAGCUUCCUGAUGAUGCCUUAGUGGUGGCCGGCCGUUUCCCAUUCCCAGACUGGAACCCGUGCCGGAUUGAGGGACAGGGUGUGGACAGGGCCUGGGCGUACAACAUGCAAGCUCUACGGCCGCACGGCAGUGAGAAAAACGAAAGCCUCAGCACAACAGCGAGCGACGUUGACAAUGAACUUGUUCAGGAAAAGUGACGCACUUUGAAGAUAAAUUCAUGCUGUGAUUCAGACUAACAAAUACUGACUUUAAGCUAACCUAUUCUGAUGUAGUGAAGUUUUAAGACUAAUCUGAAUACUUUUAAAUUUUAAAACAGUGAGUAUAUCCUGAAAUGUUAUCUGUUACACGGGCAUUUGUUAGUUGAACGUUACAUUUGCAAAAGUCACGCAAGUCAGGAGCAACAACUCACUAUACGCUGUGUAUUUAUUUAACAGAAAGUAAACAAGAUCACCGAUCUUAGUCGAGCUAAGUAAAAUCUGUUACAAAAUGCAAGCACAUCGAGCAGAAAUGCAAUCACAUCACAGUGCAAUAUAAGCCUAGACCUAAACUGAGCCAUUUGAAAACAUUUUGCUGUUGAUUUGCUGCUACGGUUGGAAAGGCUUGCCUUAGAUUUAACUGUCAGAGGGUGACUAGUUCCUGUGGCUGUUUAAAAAAAAACAACAACAGUAAACACUAUGCUAGACAGUUUUUAUUUAUUGUUUAUUGCGGUUUUAGGACAUUACUUGGGAAGUCUUGUGGAUUUUUUUAUUUUUUUUUAAGAUGUAUCAAGGGAUCAGUUUUGGUUUAUUAUUUAGUAAAAAUAACAGACAGAUGAAUGUUUCAAACCAGCAAAUGGUUCAGAAAUUCUUAGAGGUACUCAGAAACCACUAUUAAAUAAGAGUAUUUGAUCCGCAGCACCUGGCUGUGGCUUAGCCUUCUGAGUUUUAUGGAACCAGUCAGGUCCAGUACCUGUUCUUCACACUGUUUCUACGUUUUGACUUGGUAUUAAUUGACUGCAUAGGACAAUUCUCGAUACCUGUAUGUCGUGUUUUCUUUUCCAUCAGAAGUUCUACAUAUAAAGGGUCUACUGAGCUGAAUGUUGUUAUUAUUAUUUAUUAUUAUAACUAUAACAUCUGUAAAAUCAAAUACCUAAAAGAGAGUAUACUGACUUAUUAGAGGGUUUUAUAUUGUGUAUGUAUUUUGUUUGGUUGGUUCUUUUUAAUGGCCGUAUCAUAUUUUAGCAUGUUUUAAACCAGAAGUCGAUGAGCAGAAUAAACUGUCAGCGUUAAAGAUGAUCUUUGCUGAUAAACUAUUUGUGAUUUGCUGUUCAUCUUUUUUGCCUGAAUCGGAUGAUCAGGGUGCUGUUUUGUGACUUAUAAUGUGCGUAUACCCAAAAACAAAUAAUGUCCACAGUUUAAAAGGGCACAAUUUUUCAUGUUUAGUUUUAAUGUAUAUUUAUGUUACACGUUUUUUUGUUGUCUGACAGAGAUUGCCUUAUUUAUGAUACGUAUUUACAUGCACUUACCUUAAGCUGUAAGUAAAAAGUAUUGCUCUUGUCUGAAUAUGGCUAUUAAAAAAACCUUACUGCAAAA